AUGCGGCUAUUCAAGAAGGAACACGUGUUUCAUAAUGACUGGGACACAAUAACGUUAAAGUUUCAGUUAAAGUUUCAGUUAAAGUUUCGGUUCAAGUCUCAUUUCAAGUUUCUGUUCAACAUUCAGUUCAGGUUUCUAUUCAAGUUUCAUUCAAGUUCGGCGUUCUGGCUGAAGUAUCCAAACGAACUUCAGCCGCACGUUUUGCGUGUUGAUACCCUCGACCUCGAUGUGGACUCAGAUCGUCAGCAGUUUUCUUGUCGGCGGCUUCUUUCUUUGAAAUAUCAGUGCCCGAAAUGGUUUCAGAAGUUCUUUGGCGCUACUCCCGUUGGCUUUGCCUUCGAGGAGGCGACUUGUUCUUUAAAAGAACGCAAGUUGACUCUCAAGUCUUGCAACUACACAUUUGCGUCCUUCUUUCGAGUAGAGGAAACAUGUGAAUACACUCCGCACCCAGAAAACCCUCAGCAUACACUUUACACGCAAACUGCUACCUAUAAAGUCUCAGGUCUCGGCUUGCCUGUUAAUAGGGCAGUGGAGAACGCUGCAGUAGCGCAAGCAGCAGAGAAAUCCCGGAUGGGUGUUAGUGUGGUUGAGAGGUUGGGGCGGCGCAUAGCGGAGCACCCUUGGGCUGACUCUUGCAGCUGUUGUUUCUCUUCAAUAGAAGAAGCUGCUGCUCAUGCGUCCAAACAAGCUCAGGAAAAAUACAGACAGCUCCGCAUGCACAUCGAACAAAAACUACGCGUCGGAUGCACUGGUGCAACGGCUACAAAGAACAGCAGCGAUAGUGCCAGCAGCAGCGACAGCGACAAAAGCAGCAACAGCAGCAGCAGCAACAGCAGCGAACCUCAGGCAGGGAGUGCCGCAGUCGCUGAUUCCGUGCACUACCCAUUAGAGGCGUUUAUGAGGGAUAAAUUGAAGCCUGAAGCAGCGCAGCAAUCUACAGCUGCCAAGCCGAAUGAAGUUGCUGCUGCUCACGCCUCUGGAGUGCUGCCUCCGCCAGUUUUGCCUCUUCUCGGCGUGCAGCAGCGGCAGCAGCAGCACGCCCAAGAACUGGGAGAUGCUGCUGCUGCUGCUGCUGCUGCAGCGGAAGGCGCCGAUGUAGAGUGUCCUUGCCUCCGCAGCAGCCCCUCAGGGAGGCCUCCGAUUCCAACGCAUCUGUGGCCAGACCUGCAAAGAGAAAUAAAAGAAAAGAGCAGAAGAAAUGAAAGUAGUGAAACGUAUGAAUUUCAUGAUGCGUCUGCAGAAGCUUCAGCUGUACAGACACCUGCGACGUCCACGGCUUCGGCUUCUCGACCUGCUGCUGCUUUCGAGUUUCCCUUCCUUACCAGGGAUGCAUCUUCUGCUUUUGCUGGUGCUGCACGUUGCCAGCAGCAGCAGCAGCAGCCUGUGGAUUGGAGCUGGAGCUUAAAAGAAAACCGCAGUUCGCCUCCGCAAGAGGCGGCAUCUUCGUUUUUGUCUGCUCGUCGCUAUGGGCUGCUGCUGUCAACGUUAGGCCGCCCUGGGCGGAGUUGGGUUAUUAAAUAG